AUGCGUCUCUAUCGAGGACAACGUAUUGCUGCAUCUUUUUUGCAUAGGGAACAAGCACAGAAACAAUAUUUGACUAUUGAUCGGUCGUUAUGGUAUGAACCUAAGAUCCAUUUGGCUUCUCCACUGCUGCAGUCAACUUUUUUUCUAUCGUUUCUUGAUGCCGAUACUGAAUCUUUUCUUGAGGAUUCCUUCACAACCAGCAGCUCCGUCUGCUUGCAACUCUACUAUGCUUUCGUGUCAUUCAUUAUGUCAUUUUUCCUGUCGAAAACGAGCAUCAAUGGCGUCCUGAAUCGCGGUGGAAUGUUUCUGUUCUCAACUCAUCAGUUGCAAGAAUUUUUGAAUAUCUCCUCCGAUUGGGAUCCUCACAAUAAGCAGUUACUUGAUCUUGGCGCUGGAGAUGGUGGAAUAACGAAGAAGCUGUCGGCGUUCUUCCCAAAUGUCUACGUAACCGAAAUGUCGCAGGCACGAGCUUCAGUCGUCUUUAAGGUAAUGCAGUGGCGGCUCCGCAACGAAGGCUUUCAUAUUGAAGACGUUGAGGGAUGGAGCUCAUCAUCACGUCGGUACGAUAUGAUAUCGGCGCUUAAUCUCCUCGAUAGGAUGCGUUCAGGCACUACAAUCCACGGAAAUUACUACGAGAUCUCCACUCGCUUGCUCUUCGGUCAAACUGUUAUGUUCUUGUUGGCAGUAGUAUUGCCUAUCCAUCAAUAUGUGGAAUUUCAUCCCUCCCGUAAAACUACGGAAGCUGACGUGAGGUUAGCCGUAGAAGGAAGUACUAUUGAAGAGCAAGCAUCAUUCCUGGUUGAGAGAGAGUUUUCACCUGCAGGUUUUGAUUUGGUGCGGUGGACAAAACUCCCUUAUCUUUGUGAAGGAGAUUACUAUAAGGUAUGCUCGAUUUCCAAAUUUUAUUUUUUAGUUCCAUUUUUGAAUGAAGUUGCGUUGCUGUGA